AUGGCUGAAGCACUCGUUUCUGUUGUCUUGGAGCAGUUGGCUUCAAUAGCUCGUCAACUAGUUGAAGAACGGUUGAGGCUAGUGGUGGGUGUUGAUGAUGAUGUCCAAAAUCUCACCCGCAAUUUUCGGUCCAUUCAAGCUGUCCUUGAAGAUGCAGAGAACAGACAAUUCAAGGAGAGUGCUGUGAGGGUUUGGUUGGAUAAGCUUAAAGAGGCAUCCUAUGACAUCGAUGAUGUGUUGGAUGAGUGGAACACUUCUAUUGGGAAAUUACAAGUCAAGGAAGUUGAAAAUGCUUCCAAGCCUAUGAUCAAAAAGGUAUGUUCACUCAUCCCUUGUUAUACAUUUUGUUUUAGAAAAGUUAUCCUGCCUUGUGCCAUUGCUCGCAAGAUAAAAAGUUUAAGUAAAACAAUAGAUGAUAUUGCUACGGAAAAAGAUAGGUUUCGUUUCAGUUCGGAAGCGCGCACUAUAGAUAUAAAACCACCAAUGACUGCAUCUUUUGGUGAUAUAUCAAUGGUUCAUGGAAGAGAAGCUGAUAAGGAGGAGUUAUUAAACAAGUUAUUGAAUGAGAGUAGUCAAGAGCCAGCCAUCUCUAUUGUUUCUAUUGUAGGGAUGGGUGGCAUCGGUAAAACUACUCUUGCUCGAUUAGUUUUUGAUAGUGAUAAGGUGAAAACCCAUUUUGACAAAAAAAUAUGGGUCUGUGUCUCGAAACCUUUUGAUGAGAUUAGGAUUGCAAAAGCAAUCCUUGAAUCUCUUGGAGGUGAUCCAUCAAAACUAGGUGAACUAGAAACUAUAUUGCAACAUCUAAGUCAAGAUCUUGAUAAGAAUAAGUUUUUUCUUGUCCUAGAUGAUGUAUGGACUGAAGAUUUCAAAAAUUGGGAACAAUUAAAAGAUUGUUUAAAGUGUGGUUCUCAAGGAAGUAGAAUUCUAGUUACCACACGUAAGCAAAAUGUUGCCAAAACUAUAGGAGCCACCAACAUGAUCUUGUUAGGGACAUUAUCAGAAAAUGAGUCUUGGUUGUUAUUUAGUCAAAUGGCAUUUUCCCGUGAAGCCAGUGAAAACUUAGUAGAUAUUGGUAGAAAAAUUGUAGCCAAAUGCAAGGGCUUACCUCUUGCUAUAAAAACCUUAGGAAGCCUCUUGAGUUUCAAAACAAAUACUAGAGAAUGGCAAAAUGUUCUAGAUAGUGAAAUGUGGGAAAUAGAAGAGGUAGAACAAGGGAUAUUUCCACCUUUACUAUUGAGCUAUUAUGAUUUGCCUUUUCCAUUAAAAAAAUGCUUCUCAUAUUGUGCUAUUUUCCCGCAAGAUCAUGAGAUAAAGAAAGAUGAAUUAAUUAAGUUAUGGAUGGCGCAAAGUUAUCUUAAGGAAAAGCGAAACAAAGAUAUGGAGUUAAUUGGGGAAGAGUAUUUUGAAAAUUUAGCAAUGCGCUCUUUUUUUCAAGACUUUAAGAAAAAUAUAUAUGACGGUAGAAUAGAAAGCUGUAAGAUGCAUGAUAUAGUGCAUGAUUUUGCUCAAUUUCUUACCAAAAAUGAAUGUUUAAGUAUAGAGACUGAUAAUUAUGUUGAGUCUCAAUUAAAGUCUUCUUUAAAAAAUGCUCGACACUCAAUGCUAAUACUUGGAAAACCAGACUUAUUUCCUGUAGGCGUUGAUAAUAAUAAAAAAUUGCAUAGUCUUUUGGUUAAGAGUCAAGAUUCAAGAAGCCGACAGACUCUGUCCAAAUUAUUUGAUAACUUAAGUCUACGAGCAUUACAAUUUAGUCGAAAUGAGCAUGUAUACAUUGAGGAUACUCAAGAAAUCUCCAAAGAAAUAAAAAAGAUGAUACAUUUGAGGUAUCUUGAUUUAUCUUAUAAUAGUGAUUUAAGAGAAUUGCCUAAGGAAUUGUGUGAUUUAUAUAAUCUACAAAUGUUAAACAUGGCCUGGUGUGUUAAUCUAACAAAAUUACCUCAAGAGAUGGGAAAGUUAAUCAACUUGAGGCAUUUAAUAGUUGAUGGUCAUAUAUUAAAAUACAUGCCAAAAGGAAUCGAAGGAUUAACUUGUCUUCGAACUUUGGAAUAUUUUGCAUGGAGUAGUAGUAGCCAUGGUGGUAAAGCAUUUACUAUUGAAAGUUUGAAAAACUUGACAAAUCUUCAGCAUCUUGGUAUUUCGAGGUUAGAAAAUGUGGGAGAUGUGGGUGAAGUUAAGCGAGCAAACCUUAGGAAUAACACAAACCUCCUCUCUUUAGUUUUAGAUUUUGGAAUUGAAUCUACAUUAAUGCAAAGGGUUGAGCGUGAGAGAGAUGAAAUGGUUGUUGAGGCCUUUGAACCACCUCCAAAUUUAGUGAAAUUAUGUAUAAAGGAUUGUGGAGGUAAAACUAUAAGGCUAAAUUGGAUAGCAUCAUUAACUCAGUUGAGGGAGUUAACACUUAUUCAUUGCUACAACUGUGAGUAUUUGCCUCCUUUCGGAAAGUUAUCAUCUCUUGAAUCACUCUUUAUAGAUUGGCCUUUGAGUGUAAAAAAGGUGGGUAAUGAAUUUUUGGGAAUAGAAAGUGAUGGCAAUGCCAGAUCUUGUAUUGUCUUUCCCAAAUUAAAAAGGCUUGUGUUUGAUCGAAUGAAUGGAUGGGAAGAAUGGGAUGAUAUUACUUUUAAAGGAGAUGAAUUAGCUAUAUCACUACAGUGA